AUGGCGACUUACGCAAAAAUGGCAGACGCGUCGUCUCGCAGUUACCUGUACCUUUGCUUGGCCGUCGUGUCGUUGCUCGCCGUGCUCCUCGCCCGUCGACGGAGGCGGUCGGACACUGCCCGUGACGGCCACGGCGGCGGGCUACGGCUGCCGCCCGGGCCGUGGCAGCUGCCGGUCAUAGGCAGCCUGCACCACAUGGUGGGGAAGCCCCCGCACCGCGCGAUGCACGACCUGGCGCGCCGCCACGGCGCGCCGGUCAUGGCGCUGCAGCUCGGCGAGGUGCCCACGGUGGUGAUCUCGUCCCCGGAGGCGGCGCAGGAGGUGCUGCGGACGAACGACGCGGUGUUCGCGACGCGCCGGCUGAGCUGCUCCAUGGGCGCGGCCACGAAGGGGAGGAGCAUGUCCUUCGCGCCGUACGGCGACUACUGGCGCAUGCUCCGGAAGGUCGCCGUCACGGAGCUCCUCUGCGCCAGCCGCGUCGCCUCCUUCCGUUCCAUCCGCGAGGAGGAGGUCGCCGCCUGGCUGCGCGCGCUGGCCGCCGGCGAGCGAGGCGUGGAGUUGGAGAUGCAGGCGGAGCUGACAAGGCUCGUGGCGAACUCCACCGUGCGCACGGUGGUCGGGGACGGCGACCGGUGCGCGCACCGCGACGAGUUCCUCCGCCAGCUCGAGCGCGCCAACAAGCUCGCCACCGUGUUCAACCCGGUGGACCUGUGGCCGUCGUCGCGCCUGGCCGCGCGCCUCAGCGGCGGGGUGCGCAAGUUCGUGGGGUGCGUCGACGAGAUACGCCGCAUCGUCGACGGCAUCAUCCAGGAGCACCUGGAGAAGCCUCGCGGCGGCAGGGAGGACUUCCUCGACGUGCUCCUGAGGAUACACAAGGAGGGCGAGCUCCAGGUUCCGCUCGACAUGGAAUCCAUCCAUUACCUCGUCGCGGACCUCUUCGCCGGCGGCAGCGACACGUCGGCGACGUUGCUGGAGUGGACGCUCGCGGAGCUGAUUCGGAACCCCAAGGUGAUGGCGAAGGCGACAGCGGAGGUGAGGGACGCCUUCGCCGCCGCAGGCGCCGUGUCGGAGGGCCGCGCGCUCGGCGAGCUCCGGUACCUGCAGCUCGUCAUCAAGGAGUCGCUCCGGCUGCAUCCGCCGGUGCCGCUGCUCCUCCCGCGCGAGUGCCAGGAGCCGAGCCGGGUGCUGGGCUACGAUGUGCCGCGCGGCACGCAGGUGCUGGUCAACGUCUUCGCGCUCAGCCGCGACGAGCGGUGCUGGCCCGCCGCCGAGGAGUUCCUGCCGGAGCGGUUCGGCGACGGCGAGGCGGCCGCCGGGCUGGACUUCAGGGGCGCCGACAUGGAGUUCGUGCCGUUCGGCGCCGGGCGGCGGAUGUGCCCCGGGAUGGCGCUGGUGCUCGCCAACACGGAGCUGACGAUCGCCAGCCUGCUCUUCCACUUCGACUGGGAGGCGCCGGGCAUCGCCGACCCGACCAAGCUGGACAUGACGGAGGAGUUCGGCGUCACCAUGCGCCGGAAGAACAAGCUCCUGCUCCGCCCCGUGCUCCGCAUUCCCGUCCCCGGCGCCUAGUCGAUCCACCGCCGGCGCGCCUUGUGUUGCUGUGUCAUGUAUCACGCUAAUUAUAUAAGUAUAUCACCAAUAAUCACCGUCAUAUAUGCUAGCGAUUCGCUUCGGUCCACUAAAAAGUAUCUCGAGGUACUGGUAUCUCAAUUACCAAAUCGUUUCUGAUCAUUGGAUCUAACGGUGCCUAUCCU